UUGAACUCGAAGCUGAAGGAUCUGUCAAAACACGCCGAGGAGCGGAGCGGCGUCUGCGUGGUGAGGAGUCCGGAGGAGUCCGGAGGAGAACCCGCGGGGUCUGCGUGGAUUCACGGAGCUCUCACGCUUCUGCGUUCGGUUCGAUCGUCGAGUUUAAAAUCGAGAUAAAACCGCAUCAGUCUCUGUCCGGUCUCGUUCACGCCGAUUAGCCGCACAGCUAACGUUAGCUAGCACCAGCUCAGCACCGAAGCUGAGGUUUAACCCUGUGGUCGUUUGAUUUGUGGCUUCACUGGAUCUGACUAACUCCUGGGAAGUGCAGAGGCUUGUUUUGCUCUGAAGUUAUGAGGACGAGUGAGUUUGACUCUUCGUCAGAGGACGAUGAGAUCGGAGAGGAGCAGCUGACGCCCUUUCACGUCUCCUGGUUACCUCUGUCCAUGGUGGAGUGCUCACAGUUUCUGGGGAUAUGUGCACUACCAGGUUGCAAAUACAAAGAGAUCCGCAGGAGUCUGCAGAGAGACGUCGAGGAGCUCCAGAACCAGGGCGUCCAGGACGUGUUUGUUUUUUGCACCAGAGGGGAACUUAACAAGUACAGGGUUCCCUCCCUGCUGGACGUCUACCAGCAGCGAGGCUUCACCGUCCACCACACGCCCUUCCCAGACGGAGACGCUCCUGAGCUGAAGCAGUGCUGCCAGAUCCUCGAGCAGCUGCAGGUCGGCCUCGAGAACAACAGGAGGACGGUGAUCCACUGUUAUGGAGGCCUGGGACGAUCUGGAUUAAUCGCCGCCUGUCUGCUGCUUCAGCUCUCGACAACAAUGACGGCAAACAAAGCCAUCGAGAUCCUCAGGGAGCACAGAGGAGGAGGAGCGAUACAGACUGUGAAGCAAUACAACUUCCUGCACGAGUUUCGAGAAAAGUACACAGCGUACCAGGAGAGCAGAGAGGUUUCCACAGAGCGCUCAGUGUCUCGAUGAUGCUCAACACGGGAAAAAUAAUGGAAAAUAUUGAUUUGUCUUUGAUUGUGGGUGUUUAUAACUGCAUUCUCUAAUGACUGCACUUUAACAGAAUACUCUAAUAUAUUGAUUUGUUGUCUCCUCAUUGUAAUGGAAUAAAGAAAUGAGGAAAUCA